AUGAAUGACCAGACGGAUAACCUGCUGACGUUUAGCUCGUAUGAAGAAUACAUAAAAACGAAAAUCACUCCCACGGAUUUGUAUUAUCUCGAAGAUGAACAACUAGUGUUCGAAAUAUUCUCGCUGGGACUGAAAAGCAAAGGCGUGUUAAGCUUCGAAGACUUUAACAGCAUUUAUCAUAAAAAAAAAAUAAAAGAGGAAAAGGAGCGAACAUCGGAAGAAAAAGAAAAAGAAAAUGCCAUAAUAUACGACAUGAAUUCGUUAGGUGAUAAUACAAAGGACUUUUUUUAUGUAAUAAAUUGCCAUUUGCACUUUUGUAAAGAAAAAAAAAUUUGCACUAUCUUGUUUAUUCGAUAUGUGAAUAAAAAUAAAUCGGAAAUAAGUUCAUAUAUAGACAUUAACAAUGACAAGGUUAGACAGAAAAUUAAUCAAAAAAAAUAUAUCUAUGGGAGUAAAAAAGAUUUAGCUUACUACAACUGGCAUAACAAUUAUAGCUGUACGAAUAACAGCGAAAAUUUCGAAAUAGUAGUGAACAAAAGAAUUGGUCUCAUUUUUAAGUAUACAAGCAGCGGGAAAUAUUUUAUUUUGAAUUCUACCCAAAAGACUAAGAUUUGUCUGAAUGAUAAUGUAAGUGAAUGUCGUUCUCCUCUCGGUAUGGAUUUAAGGGAAAAUAAUAAAACAAUAACCUUGUGUGAACAAGUUGAAAGGUUGGAAAUUCGUGACAAGAACUAUUUGCAGUGUGUGCUUUACACCUUGCGUUUGUAG